CACGCUAGCUCCUCCCCCCGCGCGCGCGCCCCCGAUCAGCCUCCAGCAGUUGUCGAUCCGGUCACCGACAGCCUCGCGUUUCAUCCGUUUCCCGUCGCUUAAACCCGGUAAGACCGCGCGCAGACGAGCGGAAACGAUGGCCGCGAUGACUUCUGACGGUUCCGAGCAAGAGUCGUCGAGCCCUAGCGAACAAAACGGCGACGGGAGCGAGUCGGGCCUGCGCGCCGCCGAUCCGGAACCGGCCGUUAAGAUGGACGCAGCGGAGACCGACGAGAAGCUCAACGGACGCGAGUCUACCGAGCAGAAAACGGAGGAAGCCACGCGGGGAGACACCGGCAACGAUGAGGAUGGCGAGACCGAAGCGGAGGCGGAGAAAGAGCCGCAGAAGAGCCCCGGCGGCGCGGACGGAACGACGGAGCGGAUGAAGGGAGAACAAAGAGAGGAGGAGAGCGCGUCUCCACCGGCGGAGAAAAACAGCGGUAACGGCGGAGGACUGAAGAGGCGCGCGAGUCUGGAGAUGAUGAGCUCGUCCUCGGAAGGAGAGCCGCUCAGCCGCAUGGACUCGGAGGACAGUAUCAGCAGCACUCUCAUGGACAUGGAGAGCAUCGCAUCCAGCGGUCGAUCUACCCCAGCUAUGAUGAACGGGCACGGUGGGGUGUCUUCCUCCUCCACCAAGGGCUCAUCUUACCCCUGCUGCUGGGAUCAGUGCCACAUGCUGUUCAACAGCAGCCCGGACCUGGCCGAACACAUCCGCGGAGUGCACGUGGACGGACAGCGCGGCGGGGUGUUCGUGUGUCAUUGGAAAGGCUGUAAGGUGUAUAACACACCGUCCACCAGUCAGAGCUGGCUGCAGAGACACAUGCUCUCUCACAGUGGAGACAAACCAUUCAAGUGUGUGGUGGGAGGUUGCAAUGCCACCUUCGCCUCCCAGGGGGGGCUAGCGCGCCACGUACCGACCCACUUCAGCUCCCAGAAUUCCUCCAAACUCUCAAGCCAAGCCAAGGUGAAGGAAGACUCGCCUUCCAAAGCGGGCAUCAACAAACGGAGGAAACUCAAGUACAAACGGCGACGGUCGUUGCGUAAGCGUCAGUGUAACUUCAGUCCUCGUUUAAUUCUGCGUUCAAAACUUCCCCUCAAUAACUCAUUCUGUUUCUUCCCUCCAGCACGACCACAUGACUUUUUUGAUGCUCAGACCAUGGAUGCGAUCCGUCAUCGUGCCAUCUGCCUCAAUCUAGCCACUCAUAUUGAGAGCCAAGGCAAAGGCCACAGCGUUGUGUUUCACAGCACGGUGAUCGCCAAGCGCAAGGAGGAUUCUGGGAAGGUGAAGGUGCUGCUUCAUUGGACACCGGAGGACAUACUUCCAGACGCCUGGGUCAGUGAGAGCGACCGUCCCCAGCUGAAGACCAAAGUGGUCCACCUCUCCCAGCUUCCUCAGGACACAGCGGUUCUGUUGGACCCCAACAUCUACAGGAUGUUUUUCUAGAAGACUGGGUGGGGAGGGCAGCUUCUGUCAGCGCCUGCUGACGUACCCAAACCGAAGUGGACGCGCGGAUCUUUUGAGACGGGACUUAUUUCCCUUUCCCUUUUCCCCCUCCACUUUCUCCUUUUUUCUUUUUAAUGCUCUGAGUCUGCCAAAGCAUGCAGUGAAUUUUUAAUGUGCUUGAAGAGGAAAAAAAGCACAAAAUUGUGAACGGUGACUGUGCUGGACUUUUUAACUGUUUGGGAGGAUGUGUUGUUCACCACGGUUUUGGUUUUCCUUCCCUGCGUCCUCAGCUCUGCUGAUUAUCUCAUGCUUUUUUUCACGGAGGAAGUUCCCAUGUAAAUAUUCCAGGAGAAGUGUAAUAUAUUUUUGUACUGUGGAAAUGUUACUGUACUGUAGAUAGAUGUAAUAAGCCACAAGCUGACAGAAAACAUAAUUGUACAGAGUGUGAUGGUUAAUAGUUAUGGAUGAUGUGAAUGCUUCCAUAGAUUUUGAGAAUUUUUUUUUUUUUUUUUUCGAACACGCGCUCACAGACUCUUCUAACUGCUGCUCCAGCUACUGAUGAUGAUGAUGGGAUGUUAUCACCCUCCGUCUGCGCCAUUUGUGCGUUCUGCUCAAGCCAAGGAGUGUAUAGACAUCCUAACGUAACGGUGCUAAAGCUAACACUAGCGAUUAGGCUAAUGCACACUAUAGGAUCAAUAAUGAUGGUGCUUCUUAGAUCAUGUACUUAAUAAUAAUCCGCUGUUUCCCGUACUUAGAUCAUACUGUCUUUGUAGUAAAGUUGAAAUGAUAUAAAAAUGUUUUUAUUUUA